AAAAAAAGAAAAAAGAAGCCAAAUGGCACAGAUGUCUCCAGGCAGGUUACUACCCACGAACGUCGAAUGUCGUGAGCGAUGGACAGCGGUUAUUACCACGGACGACAGUGCAACAACAUACCAGAAAAACUGACCAUUUUCAUAUAAAUUUAUCAUAAUUGAUUCCUUCAUCUCAUCCUACAACUUCCCUUCUUGCUUUCUACUUCCCUUCCAUAUUUAAAUUUUAAUUCAUUGGCUCCUCUUCUUCUCUGUGUUUCGCUCUGUUGAGUUGAAAAGUUUUCGUUUUUCUCCAAAUGGGCCUCUGGGAUUCCUUUCUUAACUGGCUCCGGAGUUUAUUCUUUAAACAGGAAAUGGAGCUAUCCCUUGUAGGCCUUCAGAAUGCAGGAAAGACAUCUUUUGUUAAUGCUGUUGCUACAGGAGGGUACAAUGAGGACAUGAUUCCCACUGUUGGAUUUAACAUGAGGAAAGUUACAAAAGGCAAUGUGACAAUAAAGCUCUGGGAUCUCGGAGGGCAGCGGAGGUUCCGAAGCAUGUGGGAGCGUUACUGUCGUGGUGUCUCUGCAAUUCUAUAUGUAGUUGAUGCUGCUGAUAGAGAUAGUAUUCCUGCGGCUCGAAAUGAGUUGCAUGAACUCUUGGUAAAGCCUGCCUUAAGUGAAAUCCCUUUGCUUGUUCUUGGCAACAAAAUCGACAAGCCUGAAGCUCUUUCAAAGCAAGCUUUGGUGGAUCAGCUAGCACUUGAAUCAAUUAAAGAUAGAGAAGUGUGCUGCUAUAUGAUUUCUUGCAAGGAAUCUGCAAACAUAGAUGUUGUCAUUGACUGGCUUAUCAAGCACUCGAAAAAGGCUAAAUGAUCGUUGGUUUAAUCGGUUAUCCUGAUUAGUCUUCCUUCCUAAAUCUGAUGUAGGUGAAGAUCCUCAAGCUUGGGGAAGAAUUGCUGAUAUUGUUGUAUUUGGUUGUGUUUCAAGCAUUUUGUACAGUUUUGCACUAUUGAAGCAAGGUGUUCAUGCUUUGCUUUACUUGAUUCUUUUGUUCUGUUGUUUCUGACUUGAGAGGGUAAACAUGUUUGUUCUAUCAAUUUGCCUUUAUUUCAUAAUAUUGAGCAUUGAUUCAA